AUGGCUAAGCAGGAGCUUAAACACCUCCCUAACGGGAGUCGAGGCUGUGGUGUUUGGUUUGGUGAGAAGCCAACCACAGCCAUAUCUGUUUCUCUGAAGUCCGAACAGAUUUGGGUCCUCCAGUUUGGCGUAUUGAUCUACUUUGUGCCAAAAUCGUCUAGAAAGGCUCUAAUCAUGCCAGCCGCACAGUUUCCACAUAUCGAAAUGGAAACCACCCAUGAAGGCACUGAACAUCUGGCUAUUAAUAACACUUUCGUUCGUCGUUUCUUGACGCUCCUCGCUCUCAACACUACGGCCAGAUUCCGCUCAUGGAAUGGCGUCUGCAUACCCAUUUCUAGACAUAAAAUUGUCAAAACAGGCCCUUUCGUACAUCUAACAGAAGCGGCGACAAUGAAAUUUGUUUCCGAAAACACAUCUAUUCCUGUACCCAAAGUUUACUGCUCGUUUGUUCGGAAAAACCGUGCAUAUAUCGUCAUGGAAAGGAUUCGGGGAGACGAGAUUCCAAGGGCAUGGAAGAAGCUCUCUGAAGAGUCUCGACAAAAAAUGUUUGAUCAGCUAAAAACCAUGGUCCAGGAAUUGCGGGCCCUUAUACCGCCUCCAGGCACUGGAGUGCAAAGCUGCGUUGGCGGGUCUCUAUGCGAUGCGCGCAUCCCCCGCCCCAAGGCACGAUUCGGACCGUUCAAAACCAUUCAGGAAUUUCACGUAUGGCUGAGGGAGGAUUUUCAGCCUUCAAAGAAAGACAAAGGUACUUCCAGUGAUCAAGACUGGGAAGAUAUCGAAAAAAUGGUUGCUCAGCAAGAUGGACCGUGGCCACCACCCGUUUUCACUCACUGCGAUUUGAAUCCGUUUAAUAUCCUUGUCCGGGAAGGAAAAGUCGUGGGCAUCAUUGACUGGGAGUUCGCGGGAUGGUAUCCCCAUUAUUGGGAGUAUACGUCUGCAUGGUUCGGCAAUAUUACAAAGGCGGGCUGGCAGAGGGAACUUGACAAAUUUAUUGACCCGACGCCCAACGAGUUUAAAAUGGAAGUGACUCGGCACAAAUACUGGGGAGAAUGGUGA